AUGAGGGACAUGAAGCUCCUUCCGCUGCUGCUGUUGACAGCCGGGGCAGCAUGCGCUCUGGCAGAUCCGAUAGCUGGCGGGCUGGCCACGCCCCUGUUUGCCUGGUCCUCAGUCCCCUGCUUCAGCACCGAGCCUGGGCGUGCUGUGCUCGAGGCUGCCACAGACCUCAAAGCACUUUUGGGCGACAUUGUUGAGGGCGUCGCGCGGCCGCGCACCACUGGGGAGCCUUUGUCGCCACUGCUUGACGGGGCGGCGCUCGAGCACGGGGCGCCCGAGGUGGUGUUGGUCAUGCUCGGCUCUGAGCUGCGCACGAGCGACCUGCGCCGCAAGCAUGUGGCGCCCCUGCAGGCCCUGGUGGACGGCGCCGUGUCGUCCAUUGCCAUGCCCUUUGUCAUGCAUUCCGUAGAGGAGGCCCCUGUGGAGCUGAAGGAGCUUCAAGAGUCUCUGAAAGCGCGUCUCCCGGGACAGCAGCUGCUGACGGCCGGCUGCGGCGAGGGCAGCUCCCUGCAGGAGGUGCCGCAGCUGCUGGCGUCCACUGGCGCCGCAAGCGUCGGCGCCGGCCCGCGCGUCGUGCUCGGCUGCACGGCGCCCCUUGCCGGCCGCAGCGGCGUGGCUGCGGUGGAGGACGAGCUGCGGCAGGUCACGGUGUACGCCGUGCGGCCGGACGCCGCCGGCCCGGGCGGCGAGGCGGCGCACGCCGAGCAGCGGCGCCGGCUCAUGGCAGCCGGCGUGGGCGUGGGGCCGUACGCCACGUGCGACGCCCUCUGCAGGACCCAGGUCAAGUGGCUGGAGGGCAUGCUGGCCCUUUUCAUCAUCAUCAUCGCCUCAUUGUCAGGGAUGUGCUGCCUGGGCGUGCUGGACACGCCGACUCGCUUCGAGUCCCCCAAGGACGCUGCCAGGGCGGAGUGA